AUGGGCGAGUGCGCGGGGCGGGAGAAGCUGAGCUCUGAAAGGGGAAGCGGGAAGAUGGGGAGGCGGGGGGAUGGGGAGGCGUGGCGAUGGGGAGGCGUGGCGAUGGGGAGGCGGGGCGAUGGCUUGCCCUGUUUCAUUACAUCCACACAUCCGUGCCACCUUAUGCCCAUGCUGCUGUAUCCCUUCCCCUCUCACUCCACCACCCCACCCUCACACCACUCCUCACCACUCCUCACCACCCUCUCUCACUCACACCACUCCACACCUCUCGUCACGCCAUCCCUAUGUGACAUGCCAUCUGCAUCCAUGCAUCACCCCAUGGCAAGCAGACUCGUUGCUUCUGGCGAUGAGCAGCAGCAGCAGCUGCAGCAGCAGCAGCAUGAGGAAGGGAACGCGACGAGCUCUCAAGCAGGACCAGGCAUCCCCAUUGACCCCUCUCGCAUCACUCGCCUGUCAUGGCAGCCCAGGGCCUUUCUGUACUCGGGCUUUCUCUCCCACGACGAGUGCGAUCACCUCAUCACUCUCGCCCGUGACAAGGUGACGCGCUCAUCAGUAGCAGACAACAAGUCGGGCAAGAGUGUGUUGAGUGAGAUCCGCACGAGCUCAGGCACGUUUCUCAACAAGUAUCAGGACGAUGUGGUCAAGCGCAUAGAGGAGCGCAUCGCCGCUUGGACCUUCCUCCCCAAAGGCACGUUCCUGAACAAGUUUAUAUAUCUCUCCCUCUCGUCCUCUCUCUCCCUUUGCACAUCAGAGCACGGUGAAGCCAUUCAAAUCCUCAAGUACGAGAUAGGGCAGAAGUACGACGCACACUUUGACUAUUUCUUCGAUGCAGUCAACACACAGAUGGGCGGGCACCGGGUGGCAACAGUUCUCAUGUAUUUGACCACGGUGGAGGAAGGAGGAGAGACGGUGUUUCCCAGUUCACAGGUGUGUUGCUGGAAAGAAAGGGGGUUAGGCGUGUCAGCGCACAGAUGGGCGGGCACCGGGUAUCAUGCUGCUGGUGCUGCAAAGAGGGGGUGUAGGCGUGUCAGCGCACAGAUGGGCGAGCACAGGGCGACGGUGCUCAUGUAUCUGACCACGGUGGAGGAAGGAGGGGAGACAGUCUUGCUCUAG